AUGGCCGGCGGCGACGACUCCGAGGACCACGCCGCCGAGGCCCAGGCGCAACGCGCCCCGGACCCCUUCCUCCGCUUCCUCAUCCCGGCCCCCAAGCCGCGCCGGGCCGCGCCCACCGCGCUUCUCCAGCCGCCGCACCGCCUCAUCGCGCCGCCGGCCCCGGUCCCGCCGGCGCUGCUGCUGCGCCCCGAGGAGCGCCUCUUCAUCGUCCCGCCCAGGCGCCCCGACUGGCUCCCGCCUCCUCCCCGCAGUUACCAUUCUCCCUCCUCCUCGCCGGGGCCGGGCGCGGUGGUGGUGCGCCCCCCGCCGCCGCCGCCUUCUUCCCGCCGUUACCAUUUUUCUUCCGCCUCGCCGGGCGCGGCAGUGCGCCCGCGGCCGCGGCCGCCCUUCCCGCCGUCGAACGACCCCAGAGCGCGCAAUGCGGGCCGCUUCGCUCAGUUCGCUGGUGGGCAUGUGAACGGCGCGAGGGACAGGAGGAGCCCCGUCCCGCUCCCGCACGACGGCGGAGCCCGCUUCCUCCCCGUCGCACUCCCGCACGACGGUGGUUUCCAGAGGCCCAAGGCGACGGCGGCGCCGCACAAGGAGAAGGAGAAGAAGAAGAAGGCGUGGGUCGCCGUGCAGAGGAAGGCCGAGGGUGGUGCCGGUGACAAGGAUCGCGCGGCGCUCAGCGAAGGCUACUCCGGCGGGGACGAGGGGGGCGCUGAAGCCGAGGACGUACUCCAACCGGAGGGCGAUGGCGAGCAGCAGGAGGAGGACGACGGUAACCGUCGCCUGCUUCUCAGUGACCAGCAAGACGACGACGUGAAGCGUCCUCUGCCCACGGAUGGUAUUCAGGACUGUUCCCCCCGCGCCGGCGGCGGUGAUCGGCCAAGCGAGGUCACGCCUCGGCCGAAUCAAGUUCCAGGCCUGCAGGGUAGAACUCGCAGGCCACCGGCGGAAUGCCGCCACGACAUCGACGCCUUCACUCCUGGCUUGCUCGCGCUCUACGAGUCUCUGAAGCCAUCGGAAGAGCACAUGUCCAAGCAGAAACAGCUUGUCGACUCCCUCGCCAAGUCUGUCAGCAAGGAGUGGCCCAAUGCUCAGAUGCAUCUCUACGGAUCGUGCGCCAAUUCGUUUGGAACGUCGCAUAGCGACGUGGAUGUCUGUCUCGAGAUGGAAAUCGGCACCGAGGGCGCGGUUGAGGUUCUUCUGAGAUUGGCAGAUGUGUUGAGGACCGACGGUUUCGAGAACGUGGAGGCAAUUACCGGUGCUAGAGUUCCGAUUGUAAGGAUGUCCGAUCCAGGAAGUGGUUUCUCCUGUGACAUAUGCAUCAACAAUCUCCUCGCUGUUGCCAACACCAAGCUCCUCAAAGAUUAUGCUCAGAUAGAUCAGAGGUUACCUCAGCUGGCCUUUCUUGUGAAGCAUUGGGCCAAACAGAGAGCCGUGAAUGAAACAUACCGUGGAACGCUCUCUAGCUAUGCGUAUGUUCUUAUGUGCAUUAGCUUCUUGCAGCAACGCGAGCCAAAGAUUCUACCAUGCCUUCAGGCCAUGGAACCAACGUACGCCUUGACUGUUGACGGCACUGAAUGCGCCUACUUCGACAAAAUUGACCAACUCCAAGGUUUUGGCGCUGACAACAAGGCCAGCAUUGCUGAAUUGCUGUGGGGGUUCUUCCACUAUUGGGCAUCCCAGCACCACUACAAGCGCGACGUCAUCUCCGUCCGCUUGGGGAAGACGAUCAGCAAGCAGGAGAAGAGCUGGACGACUCGCGUUGGGAACGACCGCCAUCUGAUGUGCAUCGAGGAUCCGUUCGAGAUCGGCCAUGAUCUGGGCCGUGUGGUCGACCGGCAGACGAUCAGGAUCCUCAGGGAGGAGAUGGAGCGAGCCGCCGCCGUGCUGCAGUACGACGACGACCCCUGCGUCACUCUGUUCGAGCCCUACGGUGAUGAAAACUGUUUAAUUGAUUGA